UGCAAGAGACCCCCUUUUUAACCACACACCGAAUUUUCUUUCAUUUAGGCGAUCUAUAUAUAUCUAUAUCUUAUAUCUAUUUUAAAUAACUUAAAACCGCUAAAAUUUGGGGGGGAACAGCCUUCGCCCUGGAGCGGUGCGCGAUGCUGUCUCACGCCGACCUCCUGGACGCCCGACUCGGAAUGAAAGAUGCAGCGGAGCUGCUGGGACACCGGGAGGCGGUGAAGUGCCGGCUGGGCGUAGGGGGCUCGGACCCGGGAGGGCACCCGGGAGACAUGGCUCCCAACUCGGACACGGUGGAAGGGGCCACCCUGCUGCCCGGGGAGGACAUCACCACGGUGGGCUCCAACCCGGCCUCCUUGGCAGUCAGCGCCAAAGACCCCGACAAGCAGCAGGGGCAGCCGGGCGGGCAGAACCCCAACCAAACGGGACAGCAGCAGGGGCAGCAGAAACAGAAACGGCACCGGACCCGCUUCACCCCGGCGCAGCUAAAUGAGCUGGAAAGAAGCUUCGCCAAGACCCAUUACCCAGACAUCUUCAUGCGGGAAGAGCUGGCCCUGAGGAUCGGCCUCACCGAGUCCCGGGUCCAGGUAUGAGCAGCUGCUCCCAUGCACAUCCCUCCCGGAGCCCUCAGUCACCCCCUGCACUCGCUACCUGCCGCCACCGCACCUCGGGCCUCGCGCCCCUCCUUUAGGCUUUCCCUGGUGGGCUGAUCAGAGAACAGGCUGCUUUGUAAUUCCCCCGAUCCUACCGUCUAGAGAGGCAGCUCCAAAGACCACCGCCUAACCCCUAGCAUAAAUAGGAACAAACCCAUCGAGAGCCAGAGCCUAGAGACCAACCUUGUGCAAAAGGGGCCCAACAAAAUAGCAUUUGAAGCCGCAAGGAAUUUUUUAAACGCCCAUCUGGGGCAAG